CGCAAUCACUGUAAAUGGGCGUAUGUGUGUUUUUCUAUUCCCCAACAAUGGAGUGAAUUCUUCAAAGGCGUUUAUUUAUUGAUAUUUAAGAUACUUUAAACGUGUUGUAUUUCAAAAUACAUAUUCCUCACAUCGAAAGUUAACAAAGAUAAUCAAAACGAACGACCUCAAUAUCGCAAUUUUUACAACUAUCGAAAUCUAUAACUUCCUGCUUUAAUCAAGUGCCUUUUACAACUAAGUCUAUAAUUUUAUUAUCGAAAAACGCAAAAAUCAACAUCAUUAACAGUAACAGCAUAGUCAGCAGACAUAUUCACAUCUACACGCAUAGAAGAAAAAGUGACGACAGCGAUAAGUGUAAAAAUGUCAACACUAUCGUUGCGUAUUCAGCUAGAGGGCGGCCGCGUCACAAAGACAAUACAAUUCCAUCCGAAUACGACAGUAUUUGAUGCCUGCAAAAUUAUCCGGGAUAAAUUCGCCGAAGCUGUUCAGGGACAACCCAGCGAAUAUGGUCUAUUUAUAUCGGAUGAGCAGCACCAACAGGGUGUUUGGCUGGAGGCCGGCCGCACACUCGGCUAUUACAUUCUCCAUAAUCAGGACACCCUAGAAUACCGGCGCAAAUUGCGCACUUUGCGGGUUCGUAUGUUAGAUGGUGCCGUGAAGACGAUACUGGUUGACGACUCGCAGCCGGUGUCGCAGCUAAUGGUGGUCAUUUGCACAAAGAUCGGCAUUACCAAUCACGAGGAGUAUGGCUUGGUGCGUGAGGAUACCGAAGCGCAGAAUGAGAAUCUGCCGGAUAAUAAGUUUGGCACAUUGACAUUGCGUCGAAAAUUCACCGAAAAAGAUCGCGAUGCAAAAAUGGAAAGUCUACGCAAAAAGCUGAAAACCGACGAUGAAAUCAAUUGGGUGGAUGUCGGCAAAACUCUACGCGAACAAGGCAUAGAUGAAUCGGAAACGGUUUUGCUGCGUCGUCGCUUCUUCUUCUCGGAUCAAAAUAUUGACUCACGUGACCCGGUACAAUUGAAUUUGUUGUACGUGCAGGCACGUGACGCCAUUCUAGAUGGCACGCAUCCAGUGACACAGGAAAAAGCGUGUGAAUUCGCUGGCAUCCAAGUGCAUAUACAAUUUGGGCCUCACAAUGAAGCAAAGCAUAAGCCUGGAUUUUUAGAUUUAAAGGACUUCUUGCCGCAGUCCUAUGUGCGUGUGAAGAACAUUGAAAAGAAAAUAUUUGCUGAGCACAAGAAACACGUUGAUCUUACAGAAAUCGACGCCAAGGUGUUGUAUACGAAAACGGCACGUGAGCUGCCUACCUAUGGCGUGACUUUCUUCUUGGUGAAGGAAAAAAUGAACGGUCGCAAUAAGUUGGUGCCGCGUCUGCUGGGCGUGACGAAGGAUUCGGUAUUACGUUUGGAUGAACGUACUAAGGAGAUUUUAGUUUCAUGGCCAUUGACGACAGUACGCCGUUGGGGCGCCUCGCCGAAUACCUUCACUUUGGAUUUUGGUGAUUACGCCAACCAAUACUACUCGGUGCAGACGACGGAGGCCGAGCAGAUUGUGCAAUUGAUAGCUGGUUAUAUAGAUAUUAUUUUGAAGAAGAAGCAGACCAAAGAUCAUUUUGGCAUCGAGGGUGACGAGGGCUCCACUAUGGUGGAAGAGUCAGUUGCGCCCUCAAAGGCAACAUUUUUGCAGCAUGAAACAAAUAAAAUUGGUAAAAUCAAUACUGAGUCACUGGCACACCCGGAAAUUCUACGUGCAUCAGAUGGCGAAAGAAAAUAUACGCAAGGUGAAAUGCAAUCAGUUCAAUAUGGAGCCUUCGUUGGGCAAGUCAACCACGCUCAUCAACCACCAACGACGAAGGAAGUGCGCAUAAGUACUGUAAAUCUCACAGAACCGCAGCGUGCGCUGCUUGGCUAUAUCUCGGCUGGUCAAGACGUCUUGAUGCGUGCUGACGAAGAGCUUAGAACUAAGGCCCCAAUACAAGAAUUAGGCACUGACUUGCGGUCAAUCGAGUGGCGUGAGAAUACUUUGGAUACUUCUAAGCAAGCUGUUACUAGUCACGUUGCUACUAUGAACGCGGCUACCGCACAAAUUAUAACAGCUUCUCAAUUCGAUGAGGUCGACACAGAGGCCAUCUCCGCUUCGGUUUCACAAAUAACGCAAACAAUUCCGGAAGUUACUAAAGAGGUACGUCUGAUCGCUGCUCUGAUGGAGGAUAGCAACAAUGGCGAUCGAUUGCUUGAUGCAGCCCGUAAUUUGUGCAAUGCUUUCAGCGAUUUGCUGAAGGCCGCCGAGCCAGAGAGUAAAGAACCUUCCCAGAGUCUUAUCAACGCCGCCAGUCGUGUAGGCGAAGCAACAACUCACGUGCUUAGCACAAUCGCUGAAGAAGAAGUGCCAGAGAAUCGCGAUUUGCAUGAUAUGCUCUUGAGCUUGGCCAAGGCAGUGGCAAAUACAACUGCUGCUUUGAUGUUGCGCGCCAAAUCGAUUGCUGCCAGCUGUGAAGAUGAAGAGUCACGUAAUCGCGUUAUUGGUGCUGCCAGUCAAUGUGCUUUGGCUACCAGUCAACUGGUCGCGUGUGCAAAAGUCGUGGCUCCUACUCUGCAUAAUGCUGCUUGCCGAGAGCAGCUGGAAGCCGCUGCCCGCAAUGUAGCGCGAGCUGUUAACAAUCUGUGUGAAGUGUGUAACGAUGCAACCACCGAUCCGAAAUUGAAAAAUGAUUUACUUGCUGCUGCGCGUGAUGUCUCGAAGAGUUUGAGUGAUAUGCUGGACCAUGUGAAGUUGAGCUCACGCGAAUACGCUAUUCGCACAAGUCAGGAGAUGAGUCCGGUGGAGAAUGUGAUUAUUGGUACUGACAUAUUGGUUGCAUCCAAUGACGCGCAGGAGAUGGUUCGUCAUGCCAAAACACUAGGUCAAGCAACAGCCCAAUUGAUACAGAGCAUUAAGGGCGAGGCGGAUCAACAGAAAGACGAAGAUAUGCAGCGUCGCUUACUUUCGGCUGCCAAGCAACUGGCAGAUGCUACGGCAAAACUUGUCGAAGCGGCUCGUCUCUGUUCGGGUAAUCCACAAAACACCGAGAAUCAGAACGCCUUGCGACGUGCUGCUGAAGAACUGCGUGAAAUUACCACCACGGCGGCUAAUACGCCAGCCAUAAAACGAAACCUAAUCCAUCGUCUAGAAUACUGUUCAAAGCAGGCCGCUUCGGCGGCUACUCAGUGUAUAUCAGCCGCACAAAAUGCGGUGCAGCAUAGCGACGACCAUCAAACCAAGGAACAACUGCUGCAAGACUGUAAACGCGCAGCCGACACAAUUCCACGUCUUGUUACCUCGGUGAAGACAACGCGAUCGAGCCCAGAUGAUCCAAAUGCGCAGCUGAAUCUAAUAGAAGCUGCUGAACAAUUCAUUGAGCCUGCCAUACAAGUAUCGCGUUCGGCACGAGCUCUACAACCGACUGUUACGGAUAUCCCGUCGGCUACUCAGCUCUCAAAAAGUGCCUUAUACCUGGGUCAAACCGUGUCUGAGUUGAACUCGGCGGCCCAGCGUGCUCGAGAAGCCUGUGGCGGUCAGGAAUUGGAAUCGGCCUUGGAGGCGGUGCGUAACUUACACAACGUUCUGGAUGACACUCGCAAGGCAGCGCAAUCAGGCAGCAUUCGCCCACUUCCUGGGGAGACUAUCGAAAACACUGCUCAACAGUUGCGAGUAUCCGCUAAAAAUGUAGGGCUUGCGCUUAGACAGCUGCUGUCGUCAGUUAUACAAGAGCAACGUAGGUAUGCUGGAGUGGCUGGCCGCGACACUGCCUUGGCACUCGGGGAUUUCACAAAAAGUGUUCAUGGUGUAGCUGCAACAACGAAGAAUCCUACAGUAAUUGACUGUGCCGACGAGGUGGUACUGCAUUCGGCUCGCUUGAUUGAAGAAGCACAGCGCACAUUGCAAAAUGUCGGCAGCACAGAUGCAUUGACUCAAGCUGGACGUGAUGUUACUGCAGCUAUUUCGAAGACAGUCGACUGCAUACCUGGUCAACGUGAAGUGGACAAUGCUCUGCGCAAUGUAAGUGAAUUGAGUGAGAUACUGUCAAUGAGUGAAUUCCCACCAUCGGAUCGUAACUACAAUACGUUGCAAUCGGAGCUGAAGCAGGUGGCAGAAGGGCUUAGUGUGGCCAGUGGGCACAUUGUGCAGGCUUAUGAUAGUCCCGCACAGCUAGCAGAUAGAAGCCAGAACUUUGCAGCAAACUAUCGCGAUCUUUUAGCUGUCUCAAUGGAGAUGGCCGGCCAGACGCAGGAUGAAGUGGUGCGUUCAGAAAUGAUUGAUCGGCUUCGUAACGUCUCGACGCAAUCCUGCUCUUUGCUAUCUACUGCGAAGUCAAUCGCUGCCGACCCGGGACAACCAAAUGCGAAGAAUCUAUUACACGCAGCAGCACGGAGCGUCACCGAAAGCAUAAACAAACUUGUCGACGCCAGCAUACAGUCGGCACCUGGGCAAAAAGAGUGUGACAAUGCGAUGCGCAAUAUCGAGGGGCUCCGAGUAAUGCUCGAAUACCCACAUGAACCAAUCAAUGAACAAGGCUAUUUCGAAUGCGUUGAAAAUGCGACUAAUAAGUCACGCAAUCUGGGUUAUGCCAUUUCGGAAAUGAUUAAUAAUGCCAAACAGUCGAACCACGUUGGCUUUGGUCAAUCGGUAAACACCGUCGCAGAAUCAAUUCACGGCUUAAUUGAAUCAUCUGCACAGGCAGCCUACUUGAUAGGAGUGUCGCACCCGAGCAGUGUGGCUGGGCGACCAGGCAUCAUUGAUCAGGCCCAAUUAACCUGGGCAUAUCAAGGUAUCCGUCAGCACUGCGACAUCGUUAGCAGUGCCAAGUCAACGAAGCAGCAAAAGAUUUCGGCACUAACAAUAAUCGCCAAGCAUACCAGUUAUUUGUGCUCUAUAUGUCGUCAGGCCAGCAUGAAUACUAACAAUCCGGUGGCAAAGAAUGAGUUUAUUGUGUUGGCCAAGCAGGUUGCCACAGCCACAUCGAACUUAGUGCAGGAGAUAAAGGGCAUUGACGAUGAGCCUUCGACACCAACACGUGCUCGUCUUGUGGAGCCAUUACUAGAGUCUGUGAAAGCAGUGAGGCAAUAUGCUUCCAGCCCCGAAUUCAUUUCUGUGCCUGCUAAAAUCUCAGCAGAGGGGCGGAAGGCGCAAGAGCCUGUUAUUAAUGCGGGACGCGGUGUGAUCGACGGUGUAAUAGAAAUGGUAAAAGCUGCAAAAUCAUUGGCACUGUCACCCGACGAUCCUCCAGUGUGGCAGCAGCUUUCGAAUGCCUCUGCUCCCGUUUCCGAGUCUGUGAAACGUUUGGUGGAUAACAUCCGCGAAAAAGCACCCGGCCAAGCACAAUGCGAGCAAGUGUUGCACACACUGAACACAUGCACUCGUGAAUUGGAUAGCUGUGCAAUGGCCGUGAGCGCUCAGGGACUAAGUCAACGCCGCGAUAAUAAUCUGCACGGGUUCAGUGGCCAGACAUUAAACUCUGCAGCUGAGCUAAUUGAUAAGCUUGAACCCAUUCGAAUGGCUGGAAAAAACAACGCUGAACAACUGGGCCAUGCUGUGGGCGAGAUCUCGCGCUACAUUGUGCCAAUGGUAAAUGGUGCGGUCGGCGCUUGUACCCAUAUCGUGCACACCAACCAACAAAUGAGUCUGAUCAAUCAAACUAAGUCAGUAGUAGAGAGUGCUGUAACCCUAGUGCAAGCGGCCAAAGAUUCCGCCGGAAAUCCACGAUCCACGCACGCUCAUACUCAUUUGGACGAGUCCGUUGAUUACACACGGCAGGCUAUGCAGGAACUCACUGAAACAGUCGAAAAGAUCAACGCUGAAAUGGGUGUUGUAACGGGGCUGAUGGAGCAAGUGAAUCGUGCCAUUACACGUUUGACCGACAAGCGCCAAUCACUUCUUAACGCCUCUUACUCGGACUCAUUUGUGGAUUACCAAACACGCAUGGUGCAGUCGGCGAAGGAAAUUGCUCGUCUAGCUAAUGAGAUGAACGCCAAAGCUACUAUCGAGCCACAGCUGUUACCGCAACUUGCCCUAGAAAUGACACAGCAGUACACACAACUGACUCAGGAUUCGGUAGGUGCAUCUACCACAACAUCUACUCCGGAUGUAGCCAUGCGUAUACGAUCGACUGUGGUGGAUUUGGGUCGCUCGGUAAGCUCAAUGAUACAGUCAGGUGCUGCCGGAGCCCGUCCCAAUGAUACAUCGGCCCAGAAUGAAAUCGCACGUAAUGCACGCGAUGUCUCGGAGAAGGUGGCACAAGUUUUAGCUGCGCUGCAGGCCGGAUCGCGCGGAACACAAGCUUGUAUCAAUGCCGCACAUACAGUGUCGGGCAUUAUUGGUGACCUUGAUACGACUAUAAUGUUUGCCACGGCCGGCACUUUGCAUUCAGAUGGCGAUGGCACAUUUGCUGACCAUCGCGAACACAUUUUGCAGACCGCUAAGGCUCUUGUAGAAGACACGAAAGUGCUAGUAACAGGCGCAGCUGGCACACAGGACGAGUUGGCUAACGCAGCUCAAAAUGCCGUCUCUACCAUACUUCAACUUGCGGAAGCCGUUAAAAGAGGUGCAUGUAGCCUCGGCUCUACACAACCGGAUUCGCAAGUCAUGGUUAUCAAUGCAGUGAAAGAUGUAGCUUCCGCUUUGGGCGACCUGAUCAAUGCCACCAAAUUGGCUUCUGGCAAACCCAUACAUGAUCCUUCGAUGCAAGAUUUGAAGGAGAGUGCCAGGACGCUUAAAGAAAUGUGCACAUCUGCUGCCGCAGUUGCUGGUACUAACAUGAAUGGCCAGCGCCAUCUACAUCGCCAGUCACACAUAAGUUAUGGAAUCCUUAGCUCUUAGACCACCACCACGCCAAGCCAAGCAACAAGCAAGAAACCGUUAUAGCGCAGUGGCUCCCUGUGCACGAUUCUUGCUGCUAAACACAUCCGCGACGAAUUCAUCUCACACUCCGCCAUCUGUAGCACCAUCAGCCAAUGAAUUAAAAACAAACAGCUGCUGCUGCCACAAGCGCCUGCUCUUAUAUUGUUUUGAUAUUUUGGAAAAUAUAUUUAAUACUAGUCGACCGACAAGCACCGCAAAAUCAAAAUUUAAUGCCUAAAAUGAAGCAACUGGAGAUACUAAAAAUAUUUGGGCAUAAACUUAAAAAUUACUAAUAACGAUUUUUAUACCAUCAUCCCUAUUUCGGCUUUGUAAGAAUUUGCGGAUGCUGUUGAACUCGACUUGCUUUACGUUUUGGUAGGAUUUUUUUUUUUUUUUUUUGUUUUUUCUUGCUAGAUUGUCUCAGCUUUAUUGCACACAAAAGUAGAUGGCACAAUAAUCUGUAUGUAGAAUUGCUAUUCGUAGACCGGGGAAAAACUAAAUUAUGCAGACUGUAGCACAAAACUAUUCUACUUAGCUUUUAUUGGUUGUUGUUAUUGUAACCUUUUUGAAAAUACCAAAAAACACUUGGAAAAAGUUUCUAUCAGCUUUGAAUGUCCUAAAGAGCAGUGCUUGAAAUAUAUCGGAGAAAGGCCUGUAAGGCCUACGCACCAGUUACUUUUGCUUGAAUACACCGGAGUAGCUGAAAGAGGUCUACAUGAAAUAUUUCUGGCACAAACCGAACCAGGUUGGAUGAUGAAAAUCAGAAAAUUAACUCAAGGAAUGCAUUUUGCUGAGUAUCAAAUAAUUUUGCACAGGGAUCGAAGAGAAUAGUUAUUUUCGAAAUUUAAUUCGUAAAAGUCAGUCGAAAAGAAUUUGUCUAUUUAACAUUGGUAUAUAGCAGAGGUCGGCAAAGCUACGCUGGUAAUUUUCUUAAACUACAGUGGACAUAUGGAUAUAUGUAUGAAUAAAAUUAUUAAAAAAAAAAUUAAUAAAUUAUUAUUAUAAAAAAAAUUGGCACACAUCUAUUAAAGAAACGCGUGAAUAUAAUUCCAGUAGACAUUACAAUAUUUUUCAUAGGCAUUUGACAAUUUUCAGGGUUUGCGGAGGGGUAAUUUGUUUACUGGAAAAAAAGAAACUAUUGGAAACUAUUUUUUUUUAAUUUUGAGCAUAGUUUCGAAGACAUUAAGGAAAUUCAAAAUUGCUUUGAACUCUUUAAUCACCUCUUUACUUGGGAUGAGAACAGCUAAGAUUUUGAAGUUCAUCCAGAAAUAAUAAUCCUACGAAGCGAGUUAAAUUUUUAUAGUAGAAGCGAUAUAAUUGAGUUAUGCAGAAUUUUGGAUAACAGUUUGUAUCCUUAACUCAAAGAAUUUUCUUUUAAGAUGUUAUCACUUUUUACUUCCAUUUACUUUUGCGAACAAAUUUUUUCUGAUUUAAAAUUUAUGUGUUCCAAUCUAAAUCUAAUUAAAAACAGGUCAUUUAAAAAAUAUACUUCUAACCAGAAACUGUUUCAAAAGUAUUAUAUUAAUAAUCAUUAAACCACUAUUUUUUAAUAAACAAGGGUUUUCAUUGUUGACACAUUUGGUGUUUAAAUUUUACUCUUUUCACCACUGAAGUGCAGUGCGUUUACUCUGUGCUUGCCAACACACUCGCAGAGUCAAUUUUGCCGACCUCUGGUAGCCAAGGUUAUUAAUCCUAUAUGGUUUAAAUUUUUUUGAUUUUUUUCCAAAAAGUCAGCUACUAGCCAUUCUUUUUGGGCCGAUAUGUUCUUAAUCAAAAAUAACAGUUAAUUUGACUUUUAUUUCUUCCGCCUUGAAUCUUCGGUUAAAUCCUAAAAUCUAACUUUUUUAGUUUUGAUAUUUAAGGUUUUUCUUCUGGCGUCCCUGUGCAUUUUCCCCAUAUAAGGAAUGAUCGACAUUUUUUUACAUAUAUGGAAGAAGAAGACACCAAAAAUAAUUGUUACAAUUCAAUAAGCAUCAAAUAAUUGUAAAUUGUCGAAGCUUGUCAACAAGUCCCGUUGUUAGAGUUAUUUAGCGCACUGUAUCUAUAACAGCGUUGAAAAUGCUAGAGUUGUAAACUUUUUUAAAUUCUUUAAAGUAAUUUCGCUAUAAAUGGACAUGUUCUACAAACGUUCCUACCCGAAGUGGUUAUUCUUUUCAAACAACGUAAAGAAUAUGACACUUAGACCGAUUAUUUGAAGGAGUAGAAGUUGCUUAAAUUAAAGUACGUAGAGUACUUAGGAAACCUUAGGCGAUCUAUCUCAGGUUAUUACUCUUUGUAUAAAUUUAUUUAGUUUGAAGCAAUUAAUUAGCUACCAUGCAUCAUUAAGAUGAAUACACAUAUCUUUAUGUACCUAUAUCUGUGGACUUCUGACAAAACGAGAUAUUUCCCUGAAGUAGUUUUUUGUUCUAAGCUUAAUAAAUCCUGAUCGUUCAUAUACAAAUUUAAUAUUUUAAUUGAAAUUUCAUUGGCAUUGGCUUUUAAGCCACAGCUGUGAAUGACUUUAGUUUAAAUAUUUCACUAAAACCCAGCUAUGUAUCAGGUGUUUUCUUAGCUGCAUGAGAACUAUCGAUAUCGGUUCUGCAACAGUUGAGAAUGCUGAACUGUGUUGACAUUUCGGUUCAGUAAGGUUUGAUAAGUCCUCAUGAAUCGUUUAACGCCAGAACAACGCCUCCAAAUUGUGGAAAUUUAUUAAAAAAAAAAAAAAUCUGUUGGCAAAGUGUUGUGAUGUCGUAGUCGCUCUAGAUUUCGCGAAGUGUUGAAGAAGACGUCGAAAUGUCGAUUCGUUGUCGUUCUCAACUUGUUGGCCUUUGUCUUUCGGCUACGUGGAAAACUUUACGUAAGGAGCUUGACUUACGUGCCUAUAAAAUACAGCCAGUGCAACAAUUGACACCAAGUAACCAUCGUUGCAUCGCAUUUUUGCUGAUUGGGCACAUUUAGAUUUAUUAUUCAGAUUUAUUUAUAAUUCAAAGGUUGUCAAAAAUCUGGCUGAUCGAAAUGAAAUUUAAAGAAAUAAAGAUAAAGAUCGAAUUGUAACUCGGAGCCGCGACGGAAAUAUGCUGUAUAUCAUAUUCAAAAAAUAAAUGCCAUGAAAUUAUUUACCAGAUUAUAAAAAAAAUAUCAUCCGACAAUAUUUCUGCUUUGUUUGAUCACCCGAUAUACAUAUAUGAAAGUGAUUCAUAGCUAGGAAAUGCAAAGUCGGUGUAAGUUGUGUCAUAUGUCCACAGAUAUGUAGGUAUGUAAAUUAUUUUAGUAACUACUCAAAAUUUGACAGUCUAGCAGCCUUGCCCUUAACAAUAAAAUCGAUAGUUGUUCUCUCAAAAUUAAUUACAACCAAUGAGCGAUAAGUGCAAAAAAGAUACCGACUUUCCCGAUGAAGUCAUCAAAUCGCGUACUGCAGCAUCUGCAAUUUCAAGUUCAUUCUGCUAAGUUUUGUAUUGUGAAAAUCAUAUAGGCAUUAUGUCAUACAUUUCAGCCUAACAUAAAAACUUGUUUUUGUAUUAAACACUAAACUCAAUAAAGAAAUUUUAACUAUCAUUUAGAUCAUAAAUAAAUGGAUAUCUCUCCGAUGUAUUCGAAAUAU